CCUGACAUUGUGGAAGUAACAGGCUAGCCAUCUUAAGCUUGUAUCUCUUGUUAAUUUACUCUACUGAAAAGUGUUAAAUAUUGUUUGAUCUGACAGCAUCAUAUCCGAUAUUAGACAAUUGAUCAGGCUGGUGCUAAAGAAGUCAUUGUGUGCCUGUUUCCCAAUUAAACAAUUAAUGAGAUAAAAAGUCAAUAAAGUCAAUACUCAAGGACAAAUUGGAUUCAGUAAGGUCCCCAGCACACCAAUCUGAUAUUUUCCGCUUAAUCACAGAACAAUUUUAGCCCGAGUGUGUGUCACUGGAAAUUCGGACAUUUAAUCGUCACUCAUACCUGGACAAACCGAUAUUCAUACACCAAAUCCUGGGUAUUUAAAAGCUAAGGAAUCGGACAUCUUGCAGAAUAUAUCAGCUGACAGAACAGAAUGCCCCCUAAAGUACCAGGUAAAACGGUAAAAACAACAGUCAGUAAAGGAGGCACUGCGGCCAAGCCUGCAGUCAAGUCAUCGGCACCCAAAGCUACCGGCAAGGAACCGGUCAAACCAAAGGCAGCCACCAAUAAAGAACCGGCCAAACCAAAGGCCGACGAAAAACCAGCUGAAGUCGUUCCUGCUACAAAGACUCCAGAGCUGAAGAUCACAGUGAAAGAGAUAGCAGAAUUCGUACUUAAUGACGCAGAUAAAGUCGUCAAAAAUUCCAAAUGGUUUCCAAUGGUGAUUGAUCCUAGUGAAAUUGCUGGAAGAUUUUUACAGUAUAGGGAAUGCACAUACAUUAAUGGCCUAGACCAUGGAUUUAUGAAUUCUCCCGAUAGAGUCCGAAUAGCGGUACUAGCUGCUCUUAGACAUGGUAAAAAACUUGUCAUUGACAUGAUGGGAACCGAUCUUUAUGAACCUCUCUUUAACGUCAUGGAGCAGGUGCAGCCUGGGCUUUUGGAAAGCAUUCUGGACAAAAGCAUCAUGGAAGAUGAGAAAAUCGAGAAAUUAAUGCGGCCAGAAGACGAUGACAUUUACAAAGAGAUCUUACAAUUUGGGAUGAAAGAAGAAUUCGGUUUUGUUAUAGUCACCACUACUGAGAAACCCAAUGGGUUUACUGACAAAAUGAUGAUCGUCAGAGUGGAGAAAUAGUCUAGCUUAGAGUGGAGUCAUAUAUCUUGUUCAGUGGAAAAUUACUGUGGCUCAGGUGGAGUUGCAUUACAUGUUCAGUGAAAAAAAUAGUCCGGUUCAAGUGGAUCGUGCCGCAUAUCUUGUUCAAAUGCAAUAAUAUUGUUAUAUUUAUUAUACAUAUUUAGUGUACAUUAUAAAUUUUCAUAUAUGGAUUUGUUCACAUUUCUAACUCAUUUUUCAGGGUAGAUUACAAAUUUAUGCAUAUAUUUCCCCCAAGCUACUCGUACAAACGAGAGUUUAACAGCACAUUAGAAAUAUCUCUAAAGUCAAUCUUGCAUUCGCUCAAUAAGCUUAUGAAAGAUUGACUAAGGGUUUCUGACAAAGUCAGCCUUAUGCUAUAUAAUUCAUUAUACACAAACCAUUAGAGCACCAAAACACAAUAAAACUACGCUUUUUUGCAUGUUUAUAACUACGUAACUUCAAAAAUUUCAUAAAA